AUCUUUGUUCUGCAGUUUCUGCUCAAAGAGUAAGGAAAGAACUUUGCUAGAGGAUUUGCUUUUAACCACACUUCUGAAGAAGUGUGCAAGCUCCAAGAGAAGCACAGUUUUGGUUUUUUUCAUAGUGUACUUAGCGCAUUUUAUAAUGUCUCCAGGAAGAAAAAGGAGUAACAAACUGGAAAACAAAAGAAAGAGCAAGAAAGGAGAAAGUGAAGAAAUGUCUGCCAAUUUAAAGUACCUUUCCUUGGGCAUCCUGGUGUUUCAGACCACAAGUUUAGUGUUGACCAUGCGCUAUUCUCGGACACUGAAAGAAGAAGGACCUCGUUACUUAUCCUCCACUGCAGUAGUUAUUGCUGAACUUCUGAAGAUUUUGGCCUGUGUUCUGUUAGUCUACAAAGACAGCAAAUGCAAUUUACGGACUCUGAACAGAGUGCUGCAUGAUGAAAUCCUUAACAAACCCAUGGAAACUCUUAAACUUGCUAUUCCUUCAGGAAUUUACACUCUUCAGAACAACUUGCUAUAUGUAGCAUUGUCAAACCUAGAUGCAGCCACAUACCAGGUUACAUAUCAACUGAAAAUUCUCACCACAGCACUGUUUUCUGUGUCCAUGUUGAGCAAGAAACUGGGUGUAUACCAGUGGCUGUCACUAGUAAUAUUGAUGACAGGAGUGGCAUUUGUGCAGUGGCCUUCAGACUCUCAAGCAACACCUGCUAAGGAGCACUCAGCAGGAUCACAGUUUGUAGGCCUGAUUGCAGUUCUCAUAGCAUGUUUUUCUAGUGGAUUUGCUGGGGUUUAUUUUGAGAAAAUUUUAAAGGAAACUAAGCAGUCUGUGUGGAUCAGGAACAUUCAGCUUGGCUUUUUUGGUAGCAUAUUUGGACUGAUGGGUGUUUACAUUUAUGAUGGAGAACAACUGUCAAAGAAUGGAUUUUUUCAAGGAUACAAUAAACUUACUUGGGUGGUGGUGGUUCUGCAGGCACUUGGAGGGCUGGUGAUUGCUGCUGUUAUAAAAUAUGCGGACAACAUUUUAAAGGGAUUUGCAACUUCCCUCUCUAUUAUACUGUCAACGUUGAUCUCCUAUUUCUGGCUGCAAGAUUUUGUCCCUACAAGUGUCUUUUUCCUUGGAGCCAUCCUUGUAAUAGCAGCUACUUUUCUAUACGGUUAUGAUCCCAAACCUGCAGGAAAUCCCAUUAAGGCAUAGCAGACUUCCUCAUCAACCUGCUCCUCGAGAUCAUGCACUGGGGGCCUUGCUAGCACUGGCAUGUGGGAAGUGUCACUGUGCACUGCAAGGGAAGGAUGACUGCCCUGAAUGUAUUGAAGAAAUGCUGAUGAGUAGUUCUGAACAGCCAGAGGGGUUACAGGUGGAGGGUGAUGCUGUCUGUAACUGAUGGGGGGGGAAAUGUCAGGGGAAUGCCCAGUGCAACUUGCUAAUAAAAACUUGAAAGGAACCAAAAGUUUCCAAGAAACUAGAAUGAGGAAUGUUUACAGCUUUGACUGGGAUUGCAUCAGAAGAAUUACUCUAUUGACUGCUGCAAAAAUAUGUCCUAUGCACUCUUUGAAAGAGCACACGACAACAAUUGUCAGAUUGUAUGUUUUUGCGAUUCGAUUCUAUUUAAUCUUAGUAAAUAUGUUUUUAACUGUUUGUCUAUUUACGUGAAAUGAGCUGAACUUCAUAGUUCUAAAGUGAUGGUUCUAAUUAGGUACUCCUUAUUAAAACUGUGAAAAUUGAAGUAUGAUUGAAAGACACUUUCACAAUAUCAAAUGUUUUUAUUUUUUUAGAAGGCUGAUUUAAGAACAGAAGUCUGUUAUUAAAUGAUAAUAUUAUAAUUCUGUUGCUUCUAUAAAACUAUUGUAAGAAUGUUCACAUUGUCACCGAAGUACAAAGGGAGGAAUACUCCAGCCUUCAUCAGCCUGUGGUGUUGGAGCAGAUGGAAUAACUCUGGGAACACUGGCUGGAACUUACCACGCGAACCUGGGAGCAGGAGUAGGGUUACAAUGGGUGCUUGCUCAGAUAUAAUGUUCGUUCUUGUUAUUUUACUGAUUAUAAAUCAACUUCUUGGUAGAACCUUAAAAGUAGGUUUUGUGCUUUAAGUAGUCUCUGAAGUUUUCUUUAGAUCACGAUUUAAAAAAACAAAGAGCCCAUAAUAAGCAUUUUAAAGGCAUUAUCAUUGUCUGUAACAGCUCCAUCUGGAGAUAUUAUGGUAGGGCAUCUGUAUACUGUACUGUACUUUAUUACAGAGGUGUUUUUUAAACAAGUGUUGUUUACUCAUGAACUCUUCCAAGCUUGUUCUGUAUAUUUCUAUGUAAUGGCUUAAUUAGAGUUUGGUGGGGGUUUUUAAAUUAUUAAUAUUUUGUUCUGGGAGUCCUUGAGCCAACAGACCAAAAUGGGUUCUCUGCAUCUAUUUGUUCUAGUAGUAGAAUUACUUUAAUAGGAAAUUACUUUAAUAGGAAAUUAAAAAGCAAUUAAUUGUGCAAUAGGUAAAUAUAAAAGCAUGCUGUUAUUUCAAACAAAAAAAAAAACAAACUUCACAAAGAAACCUUGCUGCAAUUAGAUCAAUUAGACUGUUAUGAACACUUCACUUGAAGUAUUUGCAUAUAGUCAGAAACACUAAAAAAAUCUAACUAAUAAACAAAAAAGCUGUCUAAAAAUCAUUGGUUUUCAGGAGACUGUUCACAAUGGAUGCUGAUGCCGGGUGACUCGUGUGACACCUGUGAUGGUGCAUUUAUAUAAAAACACAUCAGGAAUCCCUUACCGGUAGAAUGACAAGUUGUAAAAAUGUCUAUUCCCUUGUUUUCCCCACCACCACCCCCUUCAUGCUCUUUCUCACAUCUGUCUUGUACUAAAGAAAAUGUGUAAGAGAAAGGUGUUUUAAAAUGUUUACCAAAGUACCUCAUCUGAUUGACAAGGAGAUUCUGUAGGAGUGCUCUGAGAUUUCUUAGUGAAGUGUUGUAAGUGGGAAAGGAAGAAUUCCACUUAUGUUCAGUCAAGUAAAAAUAGUGUUUUUCUUCUGUUGGCAAUUACAUGUUUUAUCAACGUUUUGUUUGUUUGUCUUAUCAGAGCAAGACAUUAAAGAAAUAUCACAGCUCUGCCUAGGGCUUGCUAAGCUUUGUGAACUGUGUAUCUGUCCCAGCAUGUUGUAAUUGCAGGAGCUUUGCUGCUUGGUGGUCAAAACUAUCUAAAUGGGCAUUCUAUGUUAAUCUUUCACGUGUAAUAUUCAAUGUGGCACAACCUUUGAAAAGUCUCAUUUAGCCAUUUCCCCCUGCAGUGCAGCCUGAGGUAAGAUGUGUGUGUGUAGAGCAGUGGCUCACGGCUGUGCUGGGUGCAGAAUGGGAACCACACAGCUCUGAAAUGAGAUGGGAAGUGUUGGUAGUAAUCUCUCAAUUGGAGUCUGGCCCUACACAGUAAUACUUUUGAUUUCAUGAAUCACAGUGGUGGGAGUGUUGAAGUGAUGUAAUUGGUUACUUUCCUAAGAAAAGUCUCCAAAAAAUGUAAGAAGCAGUUUGAGAACACUUUAAAGACGGUUGUAUAGGAAGGGACCAAAAAAGCCAAAUAAUUACCACAUGGCUGGAGCUCUGUGACCUGUAGCCUGGUUUUAACAUUUCAGGUGGACCUGUCAAUAUUUGCCAGCAAGGGUGUUUAAAGGAAAGACCAGGAAUAUGUGCUCUUUUCUUUGGAAUAGGAUGCCAUGCAGCUUUGGAAAACUGCCUGCUUUACUAAGGAAGAGUAACUCCUGUCUGUAAAUCAGCGACUGCUUUGACAUGACAGUCCAAUCCUGUUUUCCAGGAGAAGGAUAGAGCUCGUCAUAGACAUGUUGCUGAAAAGGAAAAAUUAAUUUGCAUUUUUAGCUGCGUUUCUUCAGCCUUUGGCGGGCUGAGGAAAGGCUCGUCUCUGAGGUGUGACUCUGAACAAGGGGAGGUAGCACAUAUUUUGUGGGAACAGAAAGGAUUUGAGGAGGGCUUACUGAUUUCUGUAACCUUUGCAUUGGAGAGCAUAUGCACAUUUUCUCACUGAGGUACUUUUGUAUUUGUAUUUUGAUUUUUUUUAAGUAGCUUUAAGUCUAUAACUCAUUAACCAAAGAGGAAUACCUGGCACAGAGCUUUGGGAAGUAGUGGAUAAUGUGCUUUGAGUUUGCCCUAAAAGCAAAUGCUGUAGGAGUCUAAUUUCCUAAAAAAACUCUUGUCUUUCUGAACUAUUUUCUGACUUCUGGACAAUGGUUUUGUUAGUUUAGUUGUAUAUUUAGGAGACUAACCUAUACUUAGCAGAAUUUUGUUUAAAUAUUUAUAAAGUUAUAGAAGUUAUAGCUAGGUAUUUAUUUGCAAUAGCUUGAAUGAUGUGAUUUUUUUUGCCAGACAUAUAUUGGGUAUACUGGUAUUUAUUGAACACUUGGGUAUUGGUAGUGUUAUUUGAGAAUCUCUGGGAUACGUGAUAAAUGGUCAAAUAACAAUGAACUUAGGACUACCUUCAAAGCAAAAUGGAUCAGUUCAGUGGUGAAAUACCUUGAGGCUAAUAAAGUAAGAUAAACUUUUCUUUCAAUGUUGUAUUUUUAAGCAAUCCACAAGUGCCCAAAAAUGUAUUUUCUCAAAUAAUUCAGAUAAUUGUAUAGUUUUACUCAAUUCAUUGUUUUAAGCAGACUUAAAGAAAACCUCCCUUUUUAUUUGUUUCAGUCAAGGGUAGAUUAAUGUUCUAGAUUCAGCUUCUACAGUGAUUUUUUAUUACAAUGUUUUAGUAACUAUUGUUUUAUAUUUCCUCAAAAAGACAAAACUCUCAUUUUGCUUGUGUUUCAUGUGCAUACAGGCCUCUCACAGACUCUUAGUAGUACAUAAUUCUUUUGUGUUUCUAACUUAUUUUUAUGGCUGUAAUUCAAAAUACUGUAAUAGAUUUUGUUAAUUUUUUUAAUUGAUAAAUUAAACAUUGCAUCUCUUCUGGUUCUUGUUGUCAAUAACUUUCAUAUUUGAAUUUAUUUCCUAAUCAGCCCUGCAUGAUCUGUUAGAUUUAAGUGAUUGUUACUUUCCGAAUUUGAAUUUAUUGCUCGUUUUCCUCCUGGUGACAAGUUUCUUACUGGAUAUUGUGUUGAGGAGGAUUAUUCAUUCCUUUCAUAUCUGAAAUCUAUGUUUUGUGAGAAUGAGCAAGGGUUGGGUUUUUUUCGUAUUAGAAAGGUAACAUUUCUCUAUAACAUGACAUUAUAUAUAUAUGUGUAAUGUGUCAUUACCUAAGGUGGUGCAUUACUGUGACAAAGUAGUGUUUCCUUGCCUUUGUUUUAAUUGUUCUUUUCAUUUUUAAUGCUGAUUUUUUUCCACAAGAAGAGAGUCCUGCUCCUUUCAGGUAAGCUCAUUGUAUAUUUUUAGAUACCUAAAAUUCGGACAUUUUACUAAAGAAAAAUUAGUGGCAAAAUUCGGCAAAAUAUGUGAAAUUUAUUAGAUCAUAUCUUCAGUUACUGUCCAAAGUUCUGUUCAGUUGAAUUCUUAACUUUUUCUAAGUAUUUCUCAGCUGAAUUUAUAACUCUUUCUAGAAGAAGAACGAGCCUGUUCUGACUUGCCAUUUGCUUGUUCUUGAAUGUCUGCUACAUAUUUGCUUCCAAGAGUAGACAUGGCACAUUAACUCGUCUUCAGCCUCCCAUCAUUAUUCUGGCUGUAAUUAGCCAUAUUCAUUUCAUUAGUGAUUUAUAGCUCAGUAAGAAUUGCUUACAAGCUAAGCAUAUCUUUAUUUGCUGCCGUGAGUAUAAUUUUAAAAUAUUUUUUAAACUUUGUCCUUAUUGUCAAUAUAUGAGCCAAAUUGUCAAUAUAUACGUCAACAUAUAAAUAAUUUAUUCAAACAUUGUAGUAAAAAUUUUAAGGUAGUCUUAGUUUUUUAUAUGUUGAUGUCGAUAUUUGUGUGUGAUUACACUGAAUACUGUUCUAAUAUAUGGUGUUUCCCAGCAGUUUGGAAAAGGUUAUUUUUUUUUGUAUAACACUGCUGAACACAGGAAUUCAUCUUGCAUGACUUAACACUAUCCUUUUUUUAAUCCAUAUUGAGGUAAAAUACUGUUUUGGUUUUCUUUCUAUAUGUGUAGAUAAUGCCACUGUAGUAAUAAAUUGGUUGAAAUUAA